GGACAGCCGGACGCUCUGGGUGGCUCUUCGGUCGCUCGGCCGGCACGUCUCAGCUGACCCAGGAAGGGCGCUCUGCUUCCGACCACUCUACUCGGCCUUCGGGGAGCGAGUUCCCAGGGCCCAGCCCACGGCCCGACCCCUGAGCCUGAGAGGAGAGCCCUCCUAGACCCUCUGAUCUUCUGGAACGGACCCGCCUCUGACUGUUCAGCUCGCUCUUAGGGAAGGGGGCCCCCCGGAGCUCGGACUUUGGGCGGGGCUUGGGGAAGGGGCCCCGGGACCUCUAAUUCCUGUCCGGACGACUAGGGCAAGGAUCUCCGCUGGCUCUAGGGCUCUGACCUCUGACCCAGGGACCAUCGGCUGCCGGGAGGUCCCGAGUUGCUGCAGACUGAGCAGCGGACAGAGAGAGGUCAGGACUCAGAGCGAUCUCUGAAAUGGGCACACGGAGGAUGGCCGUGCCAGGAGGCUCCCAGCGGUCAAAGCGAGGCGAGCGGGCACGCAGCGUGGCCUGGGGGCCAGAGCCCGCUUCCCGGCCAGAGGUUGCCAGUACCCGACAGUGUGCUGCGCAUGUUUGCCGGCACUGAGGAGGGGCCUGUGGAUGACAGUGCACAACAUGGGGGCCGGGUGCGCACCUUUCCCCAUGAGCGUGGCAACUGGGCCUCCCACGUCUACGUGCCUUACGAAGCCGGGGAGGAGUUCCUGGACCUGCUUGACGCACUGCUGUGCCACGCACAGACAUACGUCCCCCGGCUGGUGAGGAUGGAAACCUUCCACCUCAGCCUGUCCCAGAGCGUGGUUCUGCGCCACCACUGGAUCCUCCCCUUCGUGCAGGCUCUGAAAGACCGAGUGGCCUCCUUCCAGAGAUUCUGCUUUACUGCCGACCAGAUAAAGAUUUACACCAAUCAAGAGAAAACCAGGACCUUUGUUGGGCUCGAGGUCACCUCAGGGCACGCCCACUUCCUGGACCUGGUUGCAGAGGUAGACAGGGUCAUGGAGGAGUUUGACCUCAGCACUUUCUACCAGGACCCCUCCUUCCACAUCAGCCUGGCCUGGUGCGUGGGUGAUGCGCGUCUCCAGAUGGAAGGGCCGUGCCUGCAGGAACUACAGGGAAUCGUGGAUGAGUUUGAAGACUCCGAGAUGCUGCUGCGUGCAUAUGCCGAGCAGAUCCGCUGCAAGUCUGGGAACAAAUUCUUCUCGAUGCCUUUGAACCUGCUUCAUGGUGGGAAUGUACUCUUGGGAGUCUCCGUUAUGACCUCGUAAGGUGGCCAUGAGAAGCCUUGACGAUGCAUCAGUACAGGGUGCAGGCACCUGGCCUGCCAGGCCUGCUUGCCAGAGGGGGGCACCUGGACCAAGGCAUAAGCACAGACAUCUAGACACGAUCCUGCUGCGACACUUCCGGAAUCCUUUCUAGAACCCUCUCAUCUUUUCCUCCCAGGAACCCCCUGGAGAGUAAACCAGGUAGGAGUGACUAUUCUGCUUUUCCAGAAAAGCAGGUUCCAUGAAUUGCCUGGGGUCACAUGAGAAGUCAGACGAGGCCCUAACCUCAGUGCUGUCCUUUGCAGCCUGCCAGGCCCACUCUCCCUGCUCCAGCCCAGACCACCCUCUUUCCCCUGGGAAGGAUGUAGGGCCUGUGGUUCUGGUUCCCACUCUCCUUCCUGCACCUCUGAAUCUCCCUCCUGGCCUCUUCGUGAGGCCAGCUUCCAAUCUCCAGCCUGGAGAGACCCAGGAAAUCACAUUCUGUGCCUUCUUCCCCAAGCCCUCUGCAUGGAGCUGCUGAUUCAACCAGGAUUGGCCAGUCAGGUCUGCUGGCUUUUGAGGUCACACAGGCUGGAGAGGGAGAUGCAGGCCAGCCUUCCUGGCAAUUCCGCUGUACAGCCAGUGCUUACUGACACCUGCUCCAUGCCAGCGCCUGACCUGGGCAGCUGAGUGAAUCAGCCUCCUCCAACCCACUGGAUGCUUAUGAGGGGGUGGGGCCGACUGGGUGCAGAGAACACCCAUUCCCAUCUGGGAGAUGCAAGCAAAACCACCCAAUUUCCUGCAGGUUCCAGUUUCAGGAUAGAGACCAGCAUCUCACAAGGCGGGUAUUGAGGGCGUGGACCACCUGAUCCUCCUCAUCAGGGCCCUAAAGCCUCCGUCUCAGGCACUCCUUCUUCCUGGGAGGGCCCCCCUCAGCCCCCACCCACACCCCCCAUGUCAUGUAGCAUCACCAUUAACAAACCCAGGGGGACUGACUGACUGCCCGGCCCCCUGGGGGAGGAUGUGGUGCAAGGAUGGAAUUAGAGUGCGGCAUCUUUGAGAGAUGGGCCAAGAUCAAUAACCGGCUCUUCGAGGGAGAAUGGAGGUGGUGAUGGAGGAAGCAGGAGAUUCACCGAGGGGGAGGGGCGGCGGGCGGCAGGGCUUGGCGGGCGCCCAGACCCUGAGUGCGCCGCUGGAGAGGCUGCGAUCGGGCGCCGCGCUGACAGUGCAGAAGCAGCUGGGGCUCUUCCAUAAGAGGAGAUGUGUUCAGGAGACAGGAGGCGAGACCAGAGCCAGCUGGGGUCCACCCCUCGGCAGGCCGGCUCGGAAUAAAGACACGCUCUCGAGGGGGGUUUUAUCACACCAGGGAGGGUGCAAAAUCAACACAUCUGUCCUUAGAUGUUCCCCACAGGGCAGGGAAAUCAUCAUCUCCCGGCCUGUUUGGCCCCCUUCCACCUGGCACUCUCUUCUCUCCACACGCCUCUCCAGACCACCCCAGCUUUGUUUCCAAGGAAGAGGGAAAUUACCCCAGCUUGUUUGUUUAUUCCCAGUCUCGGUACCAGGAGCCCCAAGGGGCCCACAGCAGGACGGCCAGGGGUUGGGGGUGGGGGCUCCAGGCCUGCCUUUCCUUUACUGAAAGGAGGGAUCUUGGCCUCUACCUGAGCCAGAACCUGCCUUUUACAAAUAAGGAGGUUGACCCCAAAAGGGGAGCUCCCCCGCUCAAGAUGGCCCAGUAAAUAAAAGUUUUAAAAAGGUUGCACAGUAAAUAAAUUUGUGCUGGGCCAGAACCUCUGGCCUGGCUUUGGAUCCAGAGCUAUUUGUAUAACCUCUCACACCCCAGCAGGGUCUCAGAAUGAAACUGUGCUGUGAAAUGAGGUGUCUGGGAUUUAAUUCAAAAAGAUUCCGGGACAAAAAUGAGGGGAGGGUUAGGGGCUAGAUGAAAAGAUUGAGGCAAGAUGUGGGUAGUGUUUCAAAGCUGGGUGACUGAGAAUAGAUCGAUGUAUAUAUAUAGAACUGAGUCACUUUGCUGUACACCUGAAAUUAACAUGACACUCUUAACCAACUAUACUCCAA